AUAGCUCAAAUCAAAGAUUAUAAUGAGAUCAUCAUCAUCAUAAUACUCCGUAUUAAUUCAUUACCAAUUCACACCAACCAACUCAAUCAAUCAAUCUUCUCUUAAAUCCCCCCUAUUUAAACCCCUUAACAAACUACCAAAUUCUCUCAUAAAAAUGGCGGAAUUCCAGAAUAAACCCCAAAACUCAAGCUCUCAACAAUGGCGGAAACUUCCAGAAUUUGAAGGCAAAGUAGUUAUGGUUACAGGUGCAUCGUCAGGUCUCGGCAGAGAAUUCUGCCUUGAUCUUGCUAAAUCAGGUUGCAAAAUUAUUGCUGCUGCUCGUCGCAUCGAUCGCCUUCAAUCUCUUUGCGAUCAGAUCAAUUCUCUCUCCUCUUCUUCAUCUUCUUCCUCUGCCAUUGAUGGUGGUGGUGGUGGUGUGAGAGCGGUGGCGGUUGAGCUUGAUGUUGCUGCCGACGGAAAGACGAUUGAUGCGUCGGUGCAGAAAGCGUGGGAGGCGUUUGGUUGUAUUCACGCUCUUGUUAAUAAUGCCGGUGUUCGCGGUACUGUGAGAACUUCAUUAGAGUUAUCUGAGGAGGAAUGGAAUAAUAACUUCAAAACUAAUUUGACUGGGGCAUGGUUGGUUUCAAAAGCUGUAUGCAUACGCAUGCGUGAUGCUAAGAUAGAAGGAUCAGUCAUCAAUAUAUCUUCAAUUGCUAGUCUGAACAGAGGCCAGCUACCUGGAUCCUCAGCCUAUUCUGCAUCAAAGGCAGGCCUGAAUUCACUGACUAAGAUGAUGGCCCUGGAACUCGGCAUGUAUAAGAUUCGAGUUAAUUCCAUAUCUCCUGGACUAUUCAGGUCUGAGAUCACCGAGAAUCUGAUGGAAAAGGACUGGCUUAACAAGGUUGCUGUGAAUACUGUACCUCUACGAACAUUUGGAACAUCUGAUCCAGCCUUAACAUCUCUUGUCCGAUACUUGCUCUUCGACUCCUCAGAGUAUGUAACAGGCAACUUUUUCAUCGUCGAUGCUGGUGCCACUCUACCCGGUGUCCCUAUUUUCUCUUCCCUCUAGAUAUGGACCUUAUGAAGAUGGAUUGCUACAAUUUCAUCCUUUGUUUUAGAGAAGCUAACACGGCAGGAACCUCAUGGAAGCGCAAAAAAUGGCAUCAGCAUUCAGCAUACCUCCUUAAUUAACCGUGUUGGUGCUGUUUGAUUGAUGUUAACUUUGCCCAAUUGCCUCUAUUAUCGGAAAGGCUGUUUUAGGUUAAUCUUUUCCUAUAGACUGUAUUUUAGUAUUCUCUAUUUCUCUCUGUAUAAACAAAUGGAGAUCUUUAUUCAAAAUAUAUAUACCACCAUUGUAAUUUAUGUUGGCCAAGUUUAGCCACCAGUGCAUGUAAUACAAGACAAGUAUAUUCAAUUUUCUGUUCCCAUAAUUAUAAAUAAAAUCAUACACUUAAUUUUA